UAGUGACAGUUGUUUGAAACUUAAAGAAAGUGUAUUUUACUCGCUGACCGUUGAAAAAAGACUUGAAUUUUACCAAUUGAAAUAUGGCUGAAAGUUUUGAUUUUAUUAAUGCACCACAAUUUAUAGAUUUUAAUAAAGAUAUGGAUUAUUCUCGAGGCACUUUUGAUGCUUAUUUCGAUCAAUAUCAGGAUCCUCUCAACAAUUCAGAUAUUUUAAGUGAAGUGACACUCAUUGCUGAUGACCUGGAGAGCCUCACAACUUCAAAAAGUAAAUUUAGGAAAUCAAUGAGUGUAGGGGAUUUGCAAAAACUGUGUGACAACAUUCACAAACUCAGGAGUGGAAAAAUAUAUAUAAACGAAGAAUCAAAUCAAGAAUCCACUGAAGAGACUUUUGCUGAGGUAAAAUAUGUUUCCUCAAAUUCAUUGUGUGAUGACACUAGUUGUUCCACUACUUCCUCCAGUAAUAGAAGAACAACGAAGGAGUUCAUAAAUCGGCUAGCACAACCCAAAAGACAAUUUAAGUCAGACCAAAAUUUAAAUAAAGAUGAGUAUGUGCCGAUGGCAGAAGCUCUAAAGAAAUUCCAAAAUGCUACUCCUAAACGUUUUCGCACAAGAGUAAAUAGUUCACACGAACCUUUGAAGUGUACUAUCCCGCAAUCUCCUAAAUUACAAACAACAGUAAGAAGUCGUCCAGUCCACGUACUCUCAUAUGAAGAACAACAAAGAAUGGCGGCAGAAGAGGCUAAAAAGACACAAUUUAAAGCACAUCCUGUUAACAAAAAGGCUCUCCAGCCACCUACACCUCCAGUUUCGAAAGGAAAACGAUCUACAAUACCUGAACCCUUUAAAUUAACAAGUGUUGCACCCAAAAAGAUCGGUGAAUCUCCAAAGAAGACUCAACCUGCUUUUCAUGCAAAACCUGUUCCAAGAUCUCUGUACGAAAAUAAUGUACCCAAAAUCAAUCAUUCUUUGAUGAGAACACAAGUAACUAAACCUUGUACACCAUCCUUUAUGAAAAAAUAUAACGCCAAUCCUAUUAAGGCGAUUCCGAACAUGAAUGAAAGUAUUUUACAACAGCCUAACGCUAAAUUAAGGGCAACCAAACCCUUACCAUUUAGUUUUGAGUUACGGGAUCAACAUACAAAAAGUCGAAGGGAUGAAUUAAUGCGAAAAUGCAUCGAAGCAGAACAGAAAGCCCGGGAGUUUCAUGCCAAGCCAGUACCUAAAUCAGUAUUGGUACAGUCAAAAAAGUUUAAUACCAGUGGAAGUUCUCGAUGCAGUUUAUUGAUGACUACGAAGACGAACUCUCAAGACAACCUCAAAACUACACAAUUCAAAGCCAAACCACCGACAGUGCUGUAUAAAAAACCUUUUGAACCAAAAAGAUCUGAUAAACCUAUGAUAGAAAUGGCCGAGUUCAAUCUUCAUACAGAUGUCAGAGCUAAAGAACGAGAACAUUUCGAGCACUAUAUCAAGGACAAGGAAAAUAAGUUGGUAGAAAUUAAACAACGUGAAGAAAUGAUGCGAAAGCAGGAAGAGGAAGAAGAAAUUAUGAGGGCUCGUAAAGAAGCUGAAUUUAAAGCGCAAGAAAUUCGACGAUAUAAAGAAUUGAACAUCAUACCAGUCAAAGAAGUUACUGAGCCAGUAUCUCCCAAAUUUUUGACCAAUAAGUUAAAAAAUAAUUCCGCAAACAAAGAAAAUACUAUGUCCAAGGCUGAUUAGUUGAUAUUUGAUCUAAACAUUUAUUUGAAACUGGUAAAUAACUGUGAAAUAUUGUUUGUAUAUGGGAUUUAACCACAAUUAUUUGUAAUACAAUUUUUUUAAUGUUUCGAUUUUCACUCCUGAAAUCGUUUUCAAAAAAGAUUCAUAUACAAUAAGGAGUUAUUUAACGUAUGAUGUUUAUUAAUUGGGGUUUUGUUUUGACCAAUUUGUCAGGUGACUUACUGACUUAGUUGACCUCGAUCUUGUAGGCGAAUGGCCAUGUUUUGGGUUAAGAACCCCGAGAGUGGUGUAUUUUCCGGUUGAUGUCAAAUUCUGAUUUUAGUGUAUUUAUGUAGUAUCUACAGUCGGAAAAAUGAAAGAAAUCCCAUGAACGAUCACAUCAAUCACUUAUUUUGUAUUUGCUGUCUUAUUCUAUAAAUAACAAACGUUUGUUAUAGAAAGAGAUAGCAAAUACAAAAUAAGUGAUUGAUGUGAUCGUCCACAAACGUUUGUUAUAGAAAAAGAUAGCAAAUACAAAAUAAGUGAUUGAUGUGAUGGUCCAUGGGUAUUCUUUCAUUUUUACGACUGUAUAAAUUGUAACAAUGUAGAAAAAUGUCAAAUUAGCCAAAACAAAGCGCCAAUUAAUAAAUUUCACAGGCUAAAUAACUCCUUAUUGUAUGUUAAUCUUUUUUGAAAAGAUUUCUGGAGUGGAAAUCGAAACGUUAAAAACAAACGCAAAAUUUAAUUUUUAUUACAAGCAAUUAUGGUUUAACAGGUUAAGUGCAACCAAUUCGGUGAACAAAAGACAAAAUCUUGUAAAUUGCUCAGGAGUACCAGAGCUAUAUAUUAUCUUUAUUUAUUGUCAUAGAACGAUUUUACAAAUACCAUUCGGUUUCUCGUGGGACAACCAAGAUAUUCAUCAUCAUCAUUAAUGGCGUUACAACUCUUCGUGAGUCUUUGCCGCUUUACUAUUGCCUUCCAUGUUUGUCGGUCCUGUGCCACUAUUUUCCAUUGUCUCACUUCCAUUUUCCCCAGAUCUUCGCCCAUCUAGCCUUUCCCAAAAUACAUUGUUUAUAAAGCGAUUGUCGUUACUGCGUAUCACAUGCAGCGCCCAUCUGAGACUAUAUUUUCCUUUCCGAAGAGAUACUCUGGUUACUGUAUCUGUGCUUCCAUUCGUUUAUCACGUUGUCUCUGCAAGGGCCAUAUUAUAUCAUUCGAAGGAUUUUACGUUCCCACGCCAGCAAUUUAUUUACUUCUAUUUUUGUUUAGCGUUCAUGUUUCGCUUCAAUAUGCGACUACUGGUCGUAUUAUGGUCUUAUACACUAAGCGCCAAAAUUAACGCACCACCUUAAAAAUGUGACAUUUUUAAUGUCUCAUAUUUCCUAAACCUGUCGUCCGAUUUUAGUGAUUUUUUUUAAUAUGUUAUAGCUUUAUUCUUAAAGAAUAUCGAUGUAAUAAUAUUGUUGCUAAACAGAUAAGUGUCAUUGUAUACCGGGUGUAACAAUGAUAGUGUGUUUUUUCCUCAAAGUUUGGAACAUCCUGUGGAAUAUUCUAGCGUAUAUAAAAUAUUGAAAUUAAAACUCAACUGUAACCUUAAGCUAUAUUAACGUUUUGCUUUUUGAUUCAUUCGCUUAUGUUGGAUAAUAAAAAAGUUAGCAACGUUUUUCAUCAAUACAGGGUGUUUCUAAAUAAGUGCGACAAACUUUAAGGGGUAAUUCUGCAUGAAAAAAUAAUGACCGUUUGCUUUAUAAACAUAUGUCCGCAAAUGCUUCGUUUCCGAGAUACGGGAUGUUGAAUUUUUUCUUACAAACUGACGAUUUAUUUAUGGCUCUAAAACCGGUUGAGAUAUGCAAAUGAAAUUUGACAGGU